AUGCGUCUCUCGUCGUUCCUUCCAGCUGUGUUUGCGGCCCUUGCUGCAGCCACAGCCGUUCCACGUGCGCAAUCUGGAUUCAAAUCUGAAACAGCAGCCAGAGCCAUCUCAGCCAACACCACCACAAGCCUCGCAGCCGUUGCCGGACCUCCUCUCACCUUCAACUACUCAACGCCCGAUCCCGACUCAAAAAAUUGGAUUGGUAUCUGGAACGAUUAUUACGGUGGCCCCGACAACCAGACUUCAGUUGCCAACUCCCUCGCCUGGAACUGGGCAGACAAGGCGCAGGGCUCUGUUCAAGUCGACGUUUCCAAGUUGCAAGCCGGACGGUACAAGGCUUAUUUUCUCGCCAAGGGCGGCUACAAGUGGUUGGCCGAUCCCAUUGAAGUCUUUGUACCCGGCACCGGGCCUUUGGAAUUCCUAAUCAAGAAUCUCACAACUCAGCAUGCCCGCGUUGAUGAUGCCUUUGUCGCUGUAGUCAGUGGUCUUUUGGCCAAUCCCAAGGAUCAAAACACCACCUAUGCAGUGAUUAACCGUCAUUGCGCUGAUUGGGUAUCAAUCUCGAAGAAUGGCACCAUCACCGGCACACCCACGGCCAGAGGCCUGACCAAAUUUACAGUCGCCGCUACUGGAUCCGAUGGCAGCGUUGCUCAUCUACCUGUCACUGUUCCCGUCGUGAAUGCGAAGGACGCCCUCGUGGAGAAACUCAAAGUCCUGACAUUCAACAUCUGGCAGGGCGGCAAGAAUGUCAAUGAUUACCACAGGAAGCAACUCAACUUUUUAACUGGCAUUGAUGCCGAUGUUGUUGGUAUGCAAGAGAGCUUCUUUCGCGACGGCCUUCGCCUAGCCAAGGCUUUGGGAUGGUACGUCUGGCAGAGCAACGACGCCUCCAUCAUCAGCCGAUAUCCCAUUGUCGAGGUCUAUCCCCAAGUCGCAGCCGGAGGUGCUGUUCGCAUCGCUGUCGACGGAGAAAACAGCCAGAUCAUCAUGUACAAUGCCCACUUGGGAUAUGAUCCUUAUGGUCCUUAUGACUUUUGCUUCUCACACUACGACAAAGCAAAGGUUCUUGAACGUGAGGCUGAGUCUGGCCGCACACCACAAAUCAUUGAGAUAAUGGGCCGAAUGAAGCCGCAAAUCGCCAACUACAAGGAUGUCCCCGUCAUCCUGACUGGCGACUUCAACGCUCCUUCUCACCUCGACUGGACCAAUGGAACAGCCAAGCAGCACUGUGGUGUUGGCGACUUUGGCUGGCCGUCCUCCGUCCAUCCCAUCGAGGGAGGUCUCAUCGACUCCUUCCGCGAAAUGCACCCCGAUCCCGUCAAGACUCCCGGGAUCACUUGGUCACCCAUCUACCUGAAAAAUAAUGACAGGGACGAACCUAUGGACCGCAUCGAUUUCAUCUAUCAUAAGGGCAUGAAGACGCUGUCUUCCGAAGUCGUUCUGGUUGGCAACCCGACUCCUGAGCCUAAUCACAAGAACAACGAGUGGACGUCGGACCAUGCCGCUGUUUUGUCGACAUUUAAGAUUCCCAAUAAACGUCAACAGAGUAUACAGGCAUAA